AUGUCAAGUCCUGCUGUUGCAUCAAGUUCAAGUGCGGCUCAACCAUUACCUAUUCUCCAUGAUGAUAUUUGCGCAAAAUGCUUUUCAGUUACCGCUCCUGAUUCUGCUGUACCUCAAAAUGUCGGAGCGUCAUGUUCAAUGGAAUACAAGACAAAAUGCGCAAAUUGCUUAAAACAGUAUCAUCCAUUUUGUUUAGGUCUUACAACUCCAAGACUUAUCAUUGCGAUGGAAGGAUACCCUUGGUUAUGUCAUGAUUGCAAAAAUUGCGUUAUUUGUCAUUCCACUGAAGACGAUUCGACACUUUUAAUCUGCGAUGACUGUGAUCGUGGUUGGCACCUUGGUUGUUGUGAUCCAAAAGUUACUGAAGUUCCCCAAGGUCCAUGGUUGUGUCCAUUAUGUGCUCAAUGCAACUCAUGUGGUGAAAAGGCUAUCUCAUUGAAUGAUGCCGCCAAAAAUUAUAAUCAUUCAGAGACAAAAUCUGAAUCAACUGGAUAUCCAAUAUUUCUGGCGACGAUUUGUAACAAAUGCCAUUUCAACUUUUUUGAGGAUAGAUUUUGUCCAAUGUGUCUGAAAACUUAUUCGGAGGAUGGAGAAGAGAAUGAAGAUGAUAAAGAAAUGAUAUGCUGUGAUGUAUGUGACAGAUGGAUUCACAUAAAGUGUGAUGAUGAAAUCACGCCAGAAAAAUAUCAAGAAUUAGUUGAGAAUACUGAAACCAAAUAUAAAUGUCCGUUAUGCGAUGAAAGGAUCACACCAAUAGACCCAAAAAACGAUAAACAGAAGGCAGCGUUGAGCACGGGUCAACCUAGUGCUAUACCAGUUGCUAUAAUCUCUGGUGAUAAAAAGGUCCGAGGAAUAGUAGAAUUUAAGGGAAAGAAGGUGGCUGUCCCUGAAAUUCGGGGCUGGAAUGUCGUUACGUGA